UCUUUCAAGGAGAGGGAAUGCCCAUAAACCAGAAUAUACCUCUGGCUGUAGAAUUUCCCAUCCAUGGUUUUUCUAAGAUGAGAUUGUCAUGUGCAUGCCCUCCCCAGUUAAAUCUCCAUAUGAGGGCAUAGAAAUGAUAGAUCUCUUUGUCCGACGUAUUCAAAAUGGUACAGUUUCUAGAAAAAGUUAGGCAUGUCCCCAGAUGAUGCUGCCAUCUUGGUAGAAUUUAAAAAUAAUAAGUUGGGAACUACUGGAGCUGUAGUACAAGUUCUCUUCCAAUGCCUUGGGAGGGCUAAGUGUAUCCAGGAGCCACAAAGAAAAUAUAGCCCUGUUCCUUGAAGGGAUGGUUCUAAGUUGUGGCUUGUGAGAGACACUGGCAGAUUUUCCUCAUAUCUUAGAAGUUUCCUUUCUUUACGUAUAAUAGAGGCAUCCUUGGGAUAAAGAUAACCAUAUUUAGUCAUUUACGAUGUCAUUUGGAAUUUGACAUGCCAAGUGAAAAGGGUCCACCUGACAAAUGGAGUUUUGAAAAAUUAGAGACGAAAUAGGGCCCUGGUGAAUAUCUCAGAUGAUUUUUGUGGCAAGGGUGUCAGUCCAGAUGUCUUCAGUUCGCCCAAAGAUCUGUAAGCUGCCACUAUUAGCAAACAUCAUACAAGGGUCUGGAAUUCCAUGGGUAGGGUGGAAGUUUGGAAAGACCCAUGUGUUAUUUUUUACAUUAUAGUCAAGGUGGUUACUUAGAGCAUGCCACUCCCAUCGGUACUUCCAACCAGAAGGAGAGGCUAGAUUCUGAAAGCCCCCCACUAGGGCUUCUAUCCUUGUAGAUCACCCUUGUUGCACUCUCCUCAAAUCUUUGAACUAUCAGCAAUUACAAGUGUGAUGUUAAAAUAUCUGAGAUCUCCCAAGUAUGAUCCUUCCCCACUGCUUUUAAAGCAGAGGGAGGCAUUUGCUAUUACUCAGUCAACUUUUCCAGGCCUGAGGGUGUGAAGCUUAUCUUUGGGAGAAAGUUCUUUGAUGCUGGGGCAAAGUGUUUUCCUGGGAAGAGUUAGUCACCCAAUUGAAAGUGUUCCCAUGCCAUGUCCCAUUUAUGCCUGGUAAGUCUUUAAGCGUUAAAGGUAAAGCCAACAAAGGGAAUCCUAAGAUGCUGAGUUCCGGGUAACUGUAAGUUUCCUUAGUGUCACUGAACUAAGCGAACCACUUAGGACAGACCUGACAAUUAGUCUUGUACAAAUGGGCCAUGGCAGAUAUUGUAGGAGCUAAAUGGUGCGAUGUAUUACGAAGUCCAGUAAAAAGUCGUAACAGAUUUAGUGAUAGUAAAACUCUCAUGUUUACUUCCUGUUAGUAACCGUUAUUCCUGCUGUGAGGUUAAUAAUUAAGCCCAAUGCUGUAGUAAUUGAGAUUCUCCCUCUGACAUUCCACCCUGGGGGUGCUGCAGUAUAUAGUUCUACUGCAAAUAGCAGAGUGAGUAUAGCAAUUCCUGCAAGGAGUAGUAGUAAACAAUUCCCACCAGAAAGAAGUUCUGAUAUUUGGCUCAAAAGGAGAGGUAGAAAUGACAAAAUGUAUUUGUUGAGGUAGGGGUGAGACUGCAUAAGAUGAUUAGUUCUCAUUCAGUUACUUAUCUUUUGUGAUUUUCAGCUUAAGAUCUUCUGUUUUUUCACAUUGCUAUUCAGGACGUUCCUCUGGGCUGUCGGGGGUUGCUCCCUCAGCUCUCCAGGCUUUGAUUUGAGUGUGAUGUAUCUAUGAGUCGGUUGAUUCCUGUACCUUUUAUUGUUGGGGGAACUGGAAGAACAGUGUAAUUACAGCCCUUCCUAGGUUGGGCUUAGGGAGGGAGAGAGAGAAGGGAGAACCUUUACCAGUACCAAAUCUCCCGGGUUAAAUAGAAGUGUCCCUGUUUCCUGGGGUUGGGCUUUCGCUAAUUGUGCUAAUUCCUGUUGGAAGUCAGCCAGAGAGGUUACAUGCUUAACUAGCUCGGAGGUUUCCCGAUCUAAUAGAAAAUCAUUGGUAAGGAAAGGGUGUCCAUACAGCAUCUCAAAAAGGCGAAGACCUAAUUUUGAAGGGGUUUAUCUUACUCGUAGUAAGGCCAUGGGAGGAAGAGUGACCCAAGGAAGGUGAGUUUCUUGGGACAAUUUUCUGAGGUGUCUCUUGAUAAUAUCAUUAGUUUUCUCUACCUUUCCUGAGGAUUAGGGUCUCCAAGCCCAACGGAGAUGAUAUUCUAUGCCUAGUGCUUUUGAGACCCUUUGUGUGACAGCUGCCUUAAAUGAGGGCCCAUUAUCACUUUGUAGGUACUUAGAUGAAAGCAGGGAGUUAUUUCAUUAACUAACACUUUUAUUACCUCAGAGGCUUUUUCUGUACAACAUGGAAAUGCUUCUACCCGCUUAGUGAAGGUAUCUACCCAUACAGCAGGUAUUGAAUGCUCUUUGUCUUUGGCAUGUGGGUGAAGUUCGUCUGCGACUCCUCCCUUGGGUAUCUUUCUGUUCUUUGGGUUUGAGCAGGAAGGAGUCGCCUGUUCAGGGGAUUAUUUUUAAGACAGACUUCAUAAGCAUUAACAACUUGCUUGAUUGUGUUUAGUAAGUUCUCACCUAAAAACAAUCUCUGGGCAUAUUGAUGAGUUUUAUCAUUUCCCAAGUGAAAAGCUUGGUGAAGCACUUUAAGGACUUUCCAUUGGCUGGAGGCUGGCACGUGGAGUUAGCCGUCUUGCGACUGUAGCCAUCCUGAGGGCUGAAAUGUAUACCAUCGAGAAGUGGCCCAUCCUAUUUCUGUGGGUGAGUACUGAGGUUUAAUUUCUCUUACGGAGCCUUCCCAGAUUAAAGGGGUUUGAAGUGUGUUGUCUUGAGCCUUCCUUGCUGCUGACUUAGCUGCCUGAUCAGCUAAUCUAUUUCCUUUGGCUAUCUCAUCUGUUCCCGUUUGAUGUCUCCUACAUUGCAUCACUGCUGUUUCUCAUGGAAGGAGAACUGAGGAUGAUAACCUGUGAUACUUUAUAGGAGAUCCAUUGGUGGUAAGAAAAUGCCUUUCGUUCGAAAUGACAGCAUAAGCAGGGAGAACCAGGAAGGCAUAUUUGGAGUUUGUGUAAAUAUUAGCUACCUUUCCUUUGCUUAAUUCAGUUGUUCUUGUAAGAGCGAUUAGCUCAGCUAAUUGAGCGCUUGUGCCUGGAGGGAGUGACGCACUUUCAGUGAUGUCAUGUAGAGUGACUACUGUGUAUCCUGCCUUACAGAUCCCUUGUUCUACAAAAGAGCUCCCAUCUGUCAACAGGGUCCAGUCUGGGUUCUCUAGGGGAGUUUCCUUGAGAUCUUCCCUGGCUGCAUAGGUCUGUACUAUGAUUUGUUCACAGUCAUGCUCAGAUUCCCCAGUUUCUUCCUGGUGGAAGGUGGCUGGAUUUAGGUGAGAACAAGUCUUUAAUUGGAUGUUGGAACCCUUUAACAGCAGGGCCUGAUAUUUAAGAAGUCAGCUAUCUGUUAGCCAAAGGCUCCCCCUAGAGCGCAGUAGUCCUGCCACGUUAGGUGGGGCAUAAAUAAAUCAUUUUCCACGGUUAAUUUAGAGGCUUCUGGGACCAAAAGAGCCACUGAGGCAAUGGCUGGGAGGCAUGCUGGCCAUCCUUUAGCCACCAACUCAAGUUCCUUACUUAGGCAACCCACACUGGCUGUUGACCUGGGCCUGUGUUAAUACUCCCAGGGCCAUUCCCUUCUUUUCUCAUACAUACAGAUUGAAGCCCUUCCCUGUAGGAAGGGUGAAAGCUGGUGCCUUAAGCAAGGCUUGCUUCAGCUGGUCAAGGUUUGAGCUUCAGGUUCCCAGGUUAAAAGAUAAGUUUUAGCUCCCUGAGUUUCUUUUAUGAGGUUAUGUAAGUUUCUUUUAUGAGGUUAUAUAAUGGACAGGCUAUUUCACCACACUCAGGUAUCCAUAGUCUACAAAGUCCUGUAAUGCCCCAAAAUCCUCUGAGUUGCUUGAGGGUUUUGGGGAGGAAAAGGAAGAAAUAGUCUCAACCCUCUCCUUCCCUAAUGCUCUGGUCCCCUCAGACAGCACUAGGCCUAGGUAUACUUCACUGAGGUUUUGCAGAGCUGGGCCUUGGGUUUUGAAACCUUAUAUUCUCUGUUGGCUAAGAAGUUGAGAAGAGCUUCAUUGCCUUCCUGAAAAGCAUCCUCCGUUGGGGCACAGAGCAGAAUAUCAUCAACGUAUUGCAAGACCUUAACUUAAGGAUGAGAGAACUCAGAGAGGUCUUGUGACAGUGCCUGUCGAAACAGAUCAUUCAACUUCAAGUGGCACAUUAUCUUUUAAACCUAGUCAAUCAUUGAUUACUCUUCCUACUGCCCAUGUGAUGCCGUCUAAUUCCAGCGCUUCAAUUUCCAAACUUAGGGAAUCCUUGACACCAGAUGGCUCAAAAUGGAGUACAAGCCUCAUGCAAACAUUGGGAAACCACAGUAGGGGGGAGCAGGACUCUUCACUAGACAUGAAGGACUUCCGGCCACUUCGGAAAUGGUCAUCUUUAUCCAAACUCACUGCCCCGGAUAACUGUGGCCAGGGUGGCACUGUAUGCAGAGAAGAGUCAAGGAAUGGUUUGGAGAAGAUAGGGAGGGCUAAGGCUUUAACAUCACAACUGAGGACAGUUGGGCCUAGCUGUUUACAUGAUAGUAUGGAGAUGCUUAAGUUAGAGGACAAGGAAGUAAAUAAAAAACGGUCAUCAACUCUGGACUGCAAAUAUAAAUUUGAGAGCUGUAGCAAGGAGGACUUUAGAGCCUCUUCCUCAACUCUUAGGAGACAGACUGUAGACAUGACAUAUAGUGCCUUACCUGAAAGCAAGCCCAUUAUGACAAGCUCAGAGGCUUUUGAACCUCCAAAAUAUUUAAUGCUUGGUCAACAGGCAGUAGGUGGAGUUCCCAUUCAGCCUUCUGUAAGGACUCAGAUGUGGCUUACAGAGCAGCUGCGGACAAAUCCUUUGGAAGGUAGAAAUACAGAGGAUUCUUACAGUUUAGCUCCUUGGCAACAGCAGCAAAUUGAAGACUUUCGACAAGGAAGUGAAACACCAAUGCAGGUUUUGGCUGGAUCAUCUCGUCAAAGUUAUUCACCUUCUGGCUAUCAGGAUUUCAGUAAGUGGGAAUCAAUGUUGAAAAUAAAAGAAGGACUUCUAAGGCAGAAAGAAAUUGUAAUCGAUCGGCAGAAGCAACAAAUUACCCACCUGCAUGAGAGGAUAAGGGAUAAUGAAUUACGGGCUCAACAUGCCAUGUUAGGACAUUAUGUAAAUUGUGAGGAUUCUUAUGUGGCUAGUUUGCAGCCACAAUAUGAGAACACUUCACUCCAGACACCAUUUUCAGAGGAAUCAGUUUCCCAUUCCCAACAAGGGGAAUUUGAGCAAAAGCUUGCAUCUACUGAGAAAGAAGUUUUACAGCUUAAUGAGUUUCUCAAACAAAGACUAAGCCUAUUUAGUGAAGAGAAGAAGAAACUGGAGGAAAAACUUAAAACUAGAGAUCGAUACAUUAGUAGUCUGAAAAAGAAAUGCCAGAAGGAAUCUGAACAAAAUAAAGAAAAGCAGAGAAGAAUCGAGACCUUGGAAAAGUAUCUGGCUGAUCUUCCAACUCUAGAUGAUGUACAGAGUCAGAGUCUACAGCUGCAGAUUCUGGAAGAAAAAAAUAAGAAUUUACAAGAGGCUUUGAUAGAUACAGAAAAAAAAAUUGAAGAGAUCAAAAAGCAGUGUCAAGAUAAAGAGACACAGUUAAUAUGCCAGAAAAAGAAAGAAAAGGAGUUAGUAACUACUGUUCAGAGUUUGCAACAAAAAGUAGAAAGAUGCCUUGAAGAUGGAAUCCGCCUUCCCAUGUUAGAUGCAAAACAGCUUCAGAAUGAAAAUGAUAAUCUCAGACAACAAAAUGAGACUGCUAGUAAGAUAAUAGACAGCCAACAAGAUGAGAUUGACAGAAUGAUUUUAGAAAUUCAGUCUAUGCAAGGAAAGCUUUCGAAAGAGAAACUGACCACUCAAAAGAUGAUGGAAGAGCUGGAAAAGAAAGAAAGAAAUCUACAGAGAUUAACAAAAGCAUUGCUUGAAAACCAAAGACAAACAGAUGAGACAUGCUCUUUAUUGGAUCAGGGCCAGGAAGCUGACCAAUCUAGGCAGCAGACAGUUCUUUCCAAACGGCCACUAUUUGAUUUGACUGUGAUUGAUCAGCUGUUCAAGGAAAUGUCCUGUUGUUUGUUUGACUUGAAAGCAUUAUGCAGUAUUCUUAAUCAGCGUGCUCAGGGCAAGGAGCCUAAUCUUUCAUUAUUACUGGGAAUAAGAUCAAUGAACUGUUCAGCUGAAGAGACUGAGAAUGACCACAGCACAGAAACACUCACUAAAAAGCUGUCAGAUGUGUGCCAGUUACGAAGAGACAUUGAUGAAUUAAGGACUACAAUAUCAGACCGCUAUGCUCAGGACAUGGGAGACAACUGCAUUACUCAGUGAUCAAGUGUUAGUCCCACAGCAAUAAUGACCUGUUGUUUAAAUGCUGCUGUGUUACAGACUCAUAAUGGAAGGUUGCAAGUGACAUGACUUGCACAUAGGGAUUUUUUUCUGUGGAUUUGUUUUAUUGAAGGGGAGAAGGGAAGUGAAGAGAUUUUGAAGGGGCUUAUCUAAUCAGGCAAAAAAAAAAAAUCAAAUUACCUUUGGAAAAUAUGAUAAAAUCUACAAGAAAAAAAUGUCUGUAUUCUCAAACUACUGAUUGUAGGACCAAGCUGUGAAGAGUACCCUUCACAUGAAGGAGUAGGCUUCCCUUUAAUCCUAUAGCUUCGUGUAUUUGUGUGUGCAUGUGUGUGUGUUGUGUGUGUGCACGUGCUUUAUUCACAAAUUUAUAAGGGUUUCUAGGGUCAGAGCAGAGCUUCUGAGAAAGGCACCCGCUGUUUAUUCUUAUAUUUCUUUCAUAUAGAAGCUUGUGUUGUACUUCGGGAUUUUCAGUGCCUGGGUGAACAAGAGUUCCAACAGCAGGCAAGUGUUGUAAUGAUAGUACAGCGGGAAAACCAUUUGUAUUUUGAACACUUACUGCACUGAUAGGAUGUUUUGUGGUUGAGCUGAUUUUAGUACUGUAGAUAUGUCAGCUGUUUUUCCAGAGUGAUUGUGGAUUUCCCAAGAGGUGUGAAAUUUUGUGAUGCUCUUUUUCCUUAGCGUUGUAAUGUAUGUGUUACAAGAAAGGUUAACAUAACUUGAACUAAUUUUAACAUGUUCCUUACUAUUUACAAUUUUUUAUUUAUAUGUUUUAUAUAUAUACACAUAUAUAUAUCAAUGUAAACAAAGCCAUAUAUAAUUAAUAAAGGCAUUGGAUCAUUAUUAUAAAAGAAAGAUUAACAAAGUUACCCUGGAACGAUAGCUUACUUACCCAAAUCUCAACAUUUACAUUUUAACAGUUUUGUAUCUGUUUCAAAGUUGAAACUACUGUAAGAGAAAGGCAAUACUGUUUAUAUCUGAAUCAACAGUAGCAUAAAAAUUUUUAAAUUGAAAUGGCAUUUUAAUUCCUUUUAUUAGAUAAAGUACAUUAACAACAAAGUUUUUCAUAGGAUAUGAACUUGACGAGGUUAGUUCUUCAUCUGAAUUACAGGGUGUUACUAUGAAAUGCAAUUGAUUUUCCAGUAGACAUACAGUCAUUUAAACUUCCAAAUGAGUUUUGUCCAUGUUGCUGUUGGUAUUUUGGAAUGAUUAUACAUUUUAUUGCCAUCAGCAUUGAUUAUGUUCUUUUGAAUAUACUUAGUUAUGGCCAAAGCCUUGCUUGUCCUUUGUAAGUUGAUUUGAUCUUGUGAUGCAACCAAGUCUCAUUUAGGUCAAGACUAAAUAAGAGAUGGAGGGGUAGAGGGUGUGACUCAAGCAGGAUAAUAUUGAUUUGAUAAAGAGCAUAUCACAUACCUGUUUUCUUGCCAGAUAAAGGGCAUAGCACAUGCCUGUUUUCUUAUAUUCUAGAAUAAAGGCUAGGAAAUCUAGGAAAGAUUUUUCUUAAGUAUGUAACAGUGAAAAUGUGAGACAAGGCCUUCAAGGAGACUACCCAGGAAGAUACUCAGUUUGAAAUUUUGGCUUAUACAGCUCUCAAUAGAUUAUUUUACAGUUAUAGUUGAAUAAUCAGUUAUAAUACACUGUAAAGACAUCAGAUUUUCAUUCUGUUCAGUGCCUGAGUCCUUCCUGCUUUUCUUAAUUCUGAGGAUCUGGGCGCUAAGAAAUCAGUACAUUGUAGUGCUUCUGCAUCCCAGAGUCCUUGAGGGUCUUAGUCACUAGUAAGAAUUGGACUUUCUAAUUAUAUUCACUUGGUUUUUUAACAUUAGUAGCUUGAAGAUAUUCAGGGUAUAGUAAAUUUCUACCAAAAAUAUGAUGCAAAGAAUUCUGCCUUGGUCCUUUAUGGUAAAGUAGAUAAUAACAUCCAAAAUAGAUCAUCCACAAGUGCAGCAAACGUUUUUACAUUCUCUUUGAAUAGAAUCCCAACCUCCUCCCCCACGAGUUUGGAAAUAAAGGCUUCCUAAAAUAAUAGAACAAAUUGGCAAACAAUCACUAAUUGGAUCAGUAGGUUCUUACUUAAAUAUCUCUCCUAGAUUUUUAGUGUAUGUUUUGGGAUUUUAUGUUUGUUUUUUGUUUUUAAGCAAGCAUUACAGUUUUUUUUUAAUCUGCUAUAGAUACAUUUUUGUUUUUUGGCUUAGUUGGGGAUAAAAUAAUUUGUUUUUGUAAACUUUCUAAAACUUAUAGAAAUUAAUUUAAUUCACAUAUCUUAAAAAUAAAAUUCUAAAGUUAAAAAAUUUCUGACUUAGUAGGAAGUUAACAAACUACUGCUGAUGCAUUUCAGUUUCCAAAAUCUGUACCCCCCGCCCCAUAAAAAAGGGAGUUAAGAUGUGCUAGUUUAGUUAGUUGAAUUAUAGAUUGAUCCUCUUAAAAUCUGGAGUUUGUAAAGGGGCCUAAAUAAACAGUAGAUAGACUUGGGGGGAUUUUGUAGGGGAAUUGAAACUAACAGUAUUCUGGUUUGUCAGUAUUUACUUUUUUAUUUUUAUUUUUCAGAAAAUUUUCCUUUCCCAGGACACCUUCUUGUAUUAGAACGUCCUCUUCUGUAUCACAUUAAAAACAGAUUUUACUGUUAGACCAAAUAAACUGGGCAAAUAGCAACACUAGAGCAUCUCACCCAGUUUGAACUAGGAUGUUCAUGGAAGUUAUGACAGCAGUAUAUUCCUGAAAUGAAAAUUAACCUAAAUUUUAAGGUGAAUCUAUUUGAAAAUUUCCUUAGAUAAUGAAACCUCGUUUUAUUUGUGCUUUUUGUGAAUCCAACACUUGUUUUCUUACAAAGUAUCUUCUCUAGUAUUCAUAUUUUGUUCUUUUGGGUUUUAAAAUUGAGCUUAUUCGGCCUCAGUCACAUUACAGCAAGGAUAAACUAACAGUUGACUCAAUGAAAGACCCAAACUCCCUGUACAGAUAAAAUUCACUGAAUCAAAGGCACAAUAGCUGUCUUUUCACUUGAGGUCAGAAAAGUAAGAUGACUUAAUUUGAACUAUUAAUUUUCAGUGGCCUCUAAUUAAACGAAAACAAAAAACCACAAAUACUGGCUAGGUAAGAUAUUCCUGAGGUUAUUUUAAAAGAAGUGUGGUACCUAGAAUUCAAUAUUUAAUGCUAACAGUAUUAUAUUUUAGCGAAAUUUAUUUUGGUGGUGACAGUUUAUUAAACCUAAUUAGACUUCUUUCAAUAGCUUGUUGUAGAGACAAUCUCAAGGGCUGGAAAGUGUUGCUAAAAUGAAUAUCAUACAUUUCUGAUAUAUUAAGGAGCUUAUCAAGUAAUUCUGUCAUAGUGCAAGAAUUAUUAAUUUCUUAGAGGGUAUUUUUAAAGGAGCUACUUAAUUGGGAAAAUGUUCUUUAAAUAUCAGUAAUAGUUCAUUAAGUAACAUAGUAGCUGAGAACAUGGACUGUAUUUUUACAUAGCAUAGUUCAGCUUAGGCACACCUUUAGUUGGGAUUAUUGGCAUUCUCUUACAUAGGAAUUGCAUCAUUGUAGAUAUGUAAUUAUGGUAAUAAGCAGUUUUCAUAACCAUGCUCACUCAGACUAUAUCAUUUGAAACUGCCAGUGGCUGUAACUCUCCAAGCCAAAGUUAAUUCAUUUUGUUUCCAUUUUUGACAAUUCACUGUUCACAAAACAACAAAAAUGAUUUCGUAUUUGGCAUAAACAGCAAAAUUUCCAACUUUGCCCUAAAAUGCCGUGGGUAGCAUAUUGCCAUAUGAUUAUAUCAUACAUUUAAUCAUGUAGGGGAAAGAUUUUGGAUAUUUUUUCUUAUUUAAAAAAAUGCUGGCCGGGCGCGGUGGCUCAAGCCUGUAAUCCCAGCACUUUGGGAGGCCGAGGCGGGCGGAUCACGAGGUCAGGAGAUCGAGACCAUCCUGGCUGACACGGUGAAACCCCGUCUCUACUAAAAAAUACAAAAAACUAGCCGGGCGAGGUGGCGGGCGCCUGUAGUCCCAGCUACUGGGGAGGCUGAGGCAGGAGAAUGGCGUGAACCCGGGAGGCGGAGCUUGCAGUGAGCUGAGAUCCGGCCACUGCACUCCAGCCUGGGUGGCAGAGCGAGACUCCGUCUCAAAAAAAAAAAAAAAAAAAAAAGCUAAAUGUAAGAAUAUAGUUUUAAAUCAACAAGUCUAAUAACACUAUUGCAGCUGUACACAGAGAGAACCUUUUGUGCCUUUUUGCCUGCAGUAAGCAUUUAUUUCUAUUUUACAUGAGUUCUAAGAAUGUUGAUUAUUGCACCUUGUUCUUGUGUAAAUAGACUUGAUUAAGGGAUUUUUUUUUUUUUUAAGCAAGGAGCUGUUUUUUAUUACUAGGUGGAUACCUUAGUAAACAUGAGAGGAAUUAUCAGAUAUAUGGUUUUGGAGCCCAGCCUUCCCUGUAUAGUGAGCUGGAAACUCCUUUAGAAUGUAUUCAUUGGUGUGUAUGUGUAUGUACAUAUAUGUAUAGUUAAAUACAUAAACAUGAAACUUAACAUCGCAUUGUUGUGAUGACAAGAAGUAGUAAGGUGCUAGGUGGUUACAUUAAAAAGCACAGCACAGUGUAUAAUCAGUCACUAUGACUGGUGGUUUUGUAAACUAGGUUCAGUUUUUGAACCACCCAGAAUACCUCAUGUGUAAAUACAGUGUUCAUGACUUAAUUGAAAUACAGUUAUUGUAAAAAAAAAAAAAAAAAAAAAAAAAAAGUGAAGCCACUGGUUGGCUUAUGCCUUCUGAUCUAUCAUUCUUGCCUCUUUUUUGUAAAGGGGUUUUUUGUUGUUGUUGUUUUGUUUUUUAAUAGGGUUUACAGCUAGAAUUUUGAAUGCCAAAGUUCUAUUUAUUAAAUUAAGAAAAAAGUUUUCAAUGUUAAUGGCUAGUAUUUUUCCACUGGACUAUUGUUUGUUGAUGUUGGAAUUUGUAUUUACAGAGAAAUAAAUUUUUUAUGAAAAGA